AUGUCUAACAACAAUAUAAACAACACUAUUUAUGAUAUUUCCACCAUUCAACAAGUCUUGAUCAACUCACCUUUGGAAGGAAUCAAGAUGCUUCCUUUGAAUUCGACAAUAUUAGUAAAACAUAAAUAUUCUGGAAAAGGUUUAGUUUUUGGAGAGACUAAAAAAUGCCACCGUGCUGGCCAAUAUAUAACAAACCGCCAAUUACGUCUUGCCCAGAAAGAUACAAAGGCAUGCUCUUGUACAGCUGCCUUAAAAAUCAUACAGCAUCUCGACAACCCCAAUGUUGUUACAUUUUGCCAAAUAAGAGCACAUGUAAACCAUGUUCCUGGAGACUGGGACGAAGUCAGAACUCUUCUUUUGCCUUCUGAAGCCAUAAAGAUUAUUGAAGAUCAGUUGAAAAGUGGCAGCAGCUGUAGAAGUACAAGAAUUUCAGUUCUUAGACAGAUUGAUAGUUGGGGAGUUGGCGUUAGAAAGCCUAAUUAUGAAGAAAUUUACAACAGAAUGAGAAAGAGUGUAUUUACUGCUUACACUGGAAAAAUAGGGUAA